ACCUCCCCUCUCUAUUUUCAUCGUCAAUAUCCAACAAACUUUACUUUUCUUUUUGAGAAAAACAUAAAGAGAGAUAUGGCAGGUUCAGCUUCCAAGUCUUUUACUCUCAUUCUUCUUGCAAUGAGUUUCUACUUCAAUUCUAGCUCGGCUGCUAGAGUCACCCCACAAAGCAGCAUAGACUUCAUAAGAACAUCUUGUAGCACAACAAUUUACCCAAAGCUUUGCUACUCUUCCCUCUCAAUCCAUUCAAGCACAAUCCAAACAAGCCCUGAGCUCCUAGCCAAUGCAGCCCUUAAUGUAACACUAUCAUCGGCUAAAUCAACUUCAGCCAAGAUGUCAACUCUCUCUCAAAGCCAUGGCUUGAAGCCUAGGGAGGUAUCCGCCAUGGAAGAUUGUGUAGAGGAGUUGACUGAUGCAGUGUAUGAGCUCAAAAAAUCCAUUGAUGAAAUGAGUCAUGCUAAAAAGUCCAACUUUAGGAUGAUGAUUAGUGAUGUGCAAACUUGGGUUAGUGCUGCUUUGACUGAUGAGAGUACUUGCAGUGAUGGGUUCGAAGGGAAUGCAAUGAAUGGCAAUUUGAAGACUGCUGUUAGGGGAAAGAUUGUGCAUACAGCCCAGUUGACUAGCAAUGCCUUGGCUUUGAUCAACAAUUAUGCCUUCCGUCAUGGUUAGCUGCUUUAAGUUUGCAGCUUAUGUAGUGUGAUGUGCUAGCUAGUUUGCUAGUUUGUUGGAUCAUAACAUUUGCUUCUUCUUUUUUUUAUGAAAUACAAGAGUUUUGUAAAUCAACUGUUAUAGCCAAUAAAAACAUGGCUUAACAUAGUGUUGGAUCAUAGUAUAUUUUGUUUUUGUUUUGUGUCUGGGCUCGUAUAGUUAAGAGGUAAGAGGCCUUCAGGAGGGUGUUCAAGCAAUUUGUAUUAUAUUAUUGAAGUUGCUUUGUGUAAAUUUGUGGUUCAAAUUUGUAUUCUAUUAAGUAAAUCGUCAUGUAUAAGAAAGUUGUUCUUCGGUUUUGUUGUCUA